GGAAGCGGGAGGGCAGAUCGAAACAGGAAAAGACGGGAAGAAGGAAGAAGAGGGAAAAGGAGGAGAGGAAGGAGGAGAGAGGUGGUGGCGGCGCCGUGGCGGAGGAGCAGGAGCAGGAGGAGGAUGGAGAGGAGAAGGCUCCUGAGUGGCAUGGCGCUCCUGCUCCUCCAGGCGCUGCCCAGCCCCCUGUCAGCCAGGGCUGAGCCCCCGCAGGAUAAGGAAACCUGUGUGGGUACCAACAAUCAAAGCUAUACCUGUGACACGGGACACUGCUGUGGACAGUCUCAGUGCUGCAGCUACUACUAUGAACUCUGGUGGUUCUGGCUGGUGUGUACCAUCAUCAUCAUCCUGAGCUGCUGUUGCGUCUGCCACCACCGCCGAGCCAAGCACCGCCUUCAGGCCCAGCAGCGACAACAUGAAAUCAACCUGAUCGCCUACCGGGAAGCCCACAAUUACUCAGCGCUGCCAUUUUAUUUCAGGUUUUUGCCAAACUAUUUACUACCUCCUUAUGAGGAAGUGGUGAACCGACCUCCAACUCCUCCCCCACCAUACAGUGCCUUCCAGCUUCAGCAGCAGCAGCUGCCUUCACAGUGUGGCCCCGUGGGCACCAGCCCCCCGGGCGCCGAUUCCUCCAGGGCCCCCCAGGGUGCACAGAGCAGCCCCUUGUCUGGGCCCAGCAGAAGCAGCACGAGACCCCCGAGCAUCGCUGACCCUGAGCCCUCCGACGUGCCAGCUGACCCGGCAGCCACCAAAGUCCUGGGAAUGGAGCCCAGUGGCUCUGCGGCCGGCCUGGGGGAGCUCGAGCCGGGGUCUCCCCUGCACAAGGACUCUGAAUGUAAGGAGGAACUGCUGAGAGAGCACAGCGCCGAGCAGAGCGGCGCCCUCCCCGACAGCAAAGACAAGACGCCCGGGCGGCACCGCCGCUUCACUGGGGACUCGGGCAUCGAGGUGUGUGUGUGCAACCGGGGCCACGACGAGGACCUCAAAGAAUUCAACACGCUCAUUGACGACGGAGCCCUGGACUUCUGCGACAGCUGCCACAUGCGGCCCGCUGGUGACGAGGAGGAAGGGCUGUACCGACCCUCCGAGGAGCAGGCCCGAGAGCCGGGGCACCCCCACCUGCCACGGCCCCCCGCCUGCCUCCUGCUGAACACCAUCAAUGAGCAGGACUCCCCGAACUCCCAGAGCAGCAGCACCCCCAGCUAGAGCAGGCCCCGCCUGCACCUGAGAACUCAGCAAAGCAACCAGGGUAGGGGAGAACCACGAGAGAAGCACUAAACGCCUUCCGGAGAAAGUGGUGUAGCCACUUUGUUUAUCCACCGCGCCCCGUCCCCCUUUUCCCUUCCUCUUUUCCAACACUUCCAGGUACAAUUUGGGGUAUGGAUGCC